GAGAUCACGCUAGCGCAGGCGCAGAUCAAAGCGUCCUCGUGUCCUAGCAACGAGGUCCGGGUGCUGAGGACAGACCUUUUCUGAUGCCUGCAGGCUCCUGCAGCCCCAACACUCCCAGAGUUCAGUGCCCACCUCCCAAAGGAAGCCAUGCGUGGAGUUGUUCCUGCUCAGAGCCCUGUGGGUGUCUGCAUCUCUGAUGCCCUCAUUGCCAAGAGGAACUUGGCCUUCAAAAAAGACAAGGAUACUUCAAAGGUGAAGCCUCAGGCUCUUGCUGUGCUUCAGACUGUUCGCCUAGACCGAGAGGGCAUUGGCUAUAUUGGAAACCUAGAGGGCCUCCGAGCCCUUCACAGUCUCUACCUUCAAGAGAAUGAGAUCCGUCGAAUUGAGAACUUAGACUGUCUCCCUUGCUUACGCUUCCUAACCCUGGCAGGAAACAAGAUCCAACAGAUAGAAAACCUUCGUGGUCUCCAGCAGCUGCAGCUCCUGGACUUAUCUCACAAUCAAAUUGCAACAUUGCAACUAGCUGAGCUUCCCCAGAACCUCCUAGUUCUUAAUCUUUCUGGGAAUGAUUGUACCAAGCAGGAUGGCUACAGGGAAAUGGUGACAGAGUCCUUACAUUGGCUUCUGGAUCUAGAUGGUGAGAAGGUGCCUGGAUGGGAGGACCCAGAGGAGAACAAAGUGACAGACACCCAGGACGAGUUCCCCGAAUUGAGUGGCCCCUUCUGUUCGGAACGAGGCUUCUUCGAGGAACUAGAACAGGAGCUGGCCAGUCAUAGGGAGAGGAGACUAAGGGAGGUCCUGCUGGAGCAUGAGAUCAGGAUGGCAUUCAAGCCUGUGACCACUGACCUCUCACUGCUGCCAGGGGCCCCUCCACCUAAGAGCCACAGCCCCUCUCCAGUGUCUGGACAAGAUGCAGCAGGGGCCAGCCCCACUGAACCACCUUCUGCCACCAGGAAACCCCGCGGCCUGGACAGCCAGCCGCAGAGCAACACAGUGAAGGUGGAGAAAAGGGGAAGACUGACCACAGGCCCCCAAGCCAAGGCUCAACACGCUACCACAACGGCAGCCAUCAGAGCCACAAAAUAAAAGGCCACAGGCUCUUUACACUCCACCUUUUCUCUCUCAGCAGAGCCAUGGGAGGAAUAAAAGGGUGGGAAAUAAGGAUGGCCAUGUGUUUAAAUUCCCAUUCCCUGACAGAAGCUCAUUCCUAAUAAACUGUCUCUGGCUCCCAA